AUGGAUACACCAGAUAAAACCCAGAUCACUCCAACUUCUAAUCUUUCCAAAUUUGAGGAUUCACCUGUCUUUAAGUACAUUGACAGCCUUUCACCUAUUGAGCUAGCCAAGUCCAGGCAAACAGAUAAUGGUUUCAGUUCACUAGCUUUUUUGUCCCCUUCAUCUUUGUUUCCUUCCCCACAGAUCACUUGCCAUAGGGAAUCCAGGUUUUCGGUUAAAAGGCAUCAUUUCUUGGAACCUUUGAACUCUAGAGUCGCUCGGAGUGGUCAUGAAUCUAAUACUAGUGAGGGAGCUUCAAAAGUUGAUGAACAUUUGGGAUGUCUCAAUAAUGAUAGUUCAUCCAAAGAAACUAGCAGUGAUCAACUUGACAAGCAACCAAAUCUAGCAACAGACUUGCCAAGAACUUUAAAAUAUGAUUGUCAGAGUCCUGAUGGUGACUUUGAGCCUUGUAAUGAGAUAUUGAAAAAAACAAAUGUGGAAGUGGCAGGACAAGAAAGAUCUCCUUUCCAAUGCAAUAGGGAUAAAUGGGAAGAGAGGCAGCAGUCAUUUCAAAAUGAAAGAGAUUUGCGUAAAAUAUGUGGAAUUAAGCAGAGUGAAGAAUCAGCAGGGCCUGACUGGGUAGCAGUUCUUUCUGAUGUUGCUGAUAUGUUGACAAUGAAUUCAUCUAUAAUACAUGAAAAUACUGAUGGGCGGGACUGGAGAACAACAAACUCUGGGACAACCUCUUUUAUAUCAAAUAUACUGCAGUUCCCACUAGAUAAAGCCAAUAAUUCAGAAAAUGCGGAAUCUGAUGAUCCUAGUGGUUCUUGCAAACAAAGUGAAUCUGGAGAGCCAGUGAUGGAUCGGAUGCACGACAUCCUGUCUACUUGUCUACCAGAUGAACUAGUAGUCAAUGAUUCAGGUUUGAAAAAGGAUGACAAGGAGGGGAACUGCAACGAGUCCAACCAUCAGCAGUUCAGCAUACGUCGGUGCUGUUUGGUAUUUGAGAAGUCACCUGGUUUUGGUUUACACUUGAAUUCUCUACCAAACAUCCCAAAAGGUGGUCAAAGUCCUCUUAGUAAAUCAACUCUAAGCUCUACGAACAGGGGUGAGGUUUCUGAUGACAACAAAGGUGUGGUUACAGAAAAUUCUUAUGAGAUGCCUGCUACUUUUGGUGGCAAUGAGGCUGAUCAUAAUAGUCCUGAGAAGAAGAGGCAAAAGUUUGAACUUGUCGAGGAGAGUGUGGCAUGCAAGCGAUGUAACUGUAAGAGAUCAAAAUGCUUGAAGCUUUAUUGUGAUUGCUUUGCUGCUGGUCUGUAUUGUAUUGAGCCUUGUUCAUGUCAAGAUUGCUUCAACAAGCCAAUUCAUGAAAACGUGGUUUUAGAGACUCGCAGGCAGAUUGAAUCUCGCAAUCCACUAGCAUUUGCACCCAAAGUGAUUAGAACCACAAAUGGUGUUUUAGACUCCAUGGGUGAAAUUAACAAAACUCCGGCUUCAGCCAGGCAUAAAAGAGGAUGCAAUUGUAAAAGAUCAAGUUGCUUAAAGAAAUACUGCGAGUGUUUUCAGGCUGGCGUUGGAUGCUCCCUCAGCUGUAGAUGUGAAGGUUGUAAAAAUAGUUUUGGUCGGAAAGAUGGAGGUUGUGAAUCUGAAUCUGAUGGGGACAACUUAGAGGCGUGCGAAAAAAAUGCAUCAGAGAAAAGCUCACACGACACUGUAAUCAGUAACGGUCAAGAGCAUCCAGACCUUUCAGUGCCUUCUCCUGAUAUUUCAAGGCUGCCAUUUGCAUACAGUGGGAAGCUUGCAGCAUUUUUUCCCCAUUCCAUUAAAUCAUCUCCUCAGUUGUGCGGUACUCAAGAACAAGGUUCAUCAGAUACUUCGUCAUGUAAGCCCAAGUUGGAGUCAAAUCUUGAUGGAAUUCCAGAAAGUGGAACUCCUGAGAUUUCCAAACAUAAAUUCUUCACACUUGUUCCAAAUCCAACAUCUCCCAACUGUAAAGGAGUUUUUUCAACUCCAAAUCAUGAUUCCACUUCUUCAUCCACUAAAUGGCGUAGUAGGAAGUUGAUUCUGAGAUCUGUCCCUUCUUUCCCAUCAUUUUCUCCGCCAUGA